AGGCAGGCAGGCGAUAGAAAGAAAGAAAUAAGCAAGUGCAUUCGCCUGCGUUGUCGCAUCCAGUUUCCUUCACCGGUAGGCUUCCGAUACACUCGCUGGUUCUUGAUUACGCACAGGUGCGUGUAUAUAAAUAUAUGCAUGCGGACUUGUUUAAAUGCCAGUGCCAUUGAUUUCUUCUAAGUUACACAAUCGUUGGUUUUACUGCCGCGCUGUUGAUUUGUACUACUCACACGUGGAUAUGGAUACUUCCGUUGAUUACGCACAGGUGCGUGUAUAAGUGUACUGCCGCGCUGUUAUUUUUUAGGGUUCUCCAUUCGAUUGAACGAUCGAUCGGCCACUUCGGUUGCUGCUAUUGGCUGUAAAUUCCUUGAGCUGAAAGGCGUGCUUUUUUUUUUUUUCUCGAUGGACUACCAUUUCUAGGCGCACCGUUGGUUUCUUGGGGUAGGGGAUUUGGAGGGAAGUGAGGGGGCAUAUCACACCACCUCACUUGGCCAAUUCAUAUCCUUUAAAGCCAUGUCAUUUAAUCGAGAAUGACAUGACAUGUCAGCAAUUAAUGGCCUCUUUUAACAGCAGAUUGACAAUACAUUUGAUACAAAUUGAAAGUCUGAUCCUAGUAUUGAAAAAAUUAGAAGUUAGGUAUAUAACUGAAAACAUGGUCAAAUAUGGGCCUUUUUUGGUAACUAACCCAUUUUUCCCCCAUUCUCUUGUCGAUUGAACAAAGAUAUUGCAUUCUACAUGAAUUAUGCCUUUCGAUGAAGAGUUGAGCAAAUGAUUUUCAAGGCCCUGUCACUAUCUUGCACAAAUUGUGGCUCUCAACAGCAUAGCCAACCUAAGAUAUUUUUUUGAAAAGUGCAGCUAAUGAGAUAUGUUUGUUUGUUUGUUUACUUUACUUUUUUUUUAUAAUUGCAGCUAACUAGAUUUUGAGAACACCAAACUUGUGACUGGAUUUAUUUGUAUUUUAUGUGAGUACAAUAUUUUGAAGAAUGAACUUAAAAAGGUUUUUAACUGAUCAUGAAAUUAGUGGUAUAGAGAGUGGGAUGGAGUUGAAGUCCUCGUAUCCAAUGCAACAGCAGUUUGAAAAUGGCUGCAUAAGAAAAUGUUAAGAGUGAAUUUUUUCAGUAUCUUUGUUGCAUUUAUCUUGGAACCAUUAAAGAAACUGACCCAUCUCUAUUAUUUUUUUGUUUGGAGGCAGGGGAUUAAGUUGUCCGUUUCUUUAUGUUGUGGUUAUUUAGUUUUAUGUUACAAUUUUUCUCUCUAGAAGUCUAAAUCCGCUUGUCUUCUUUCCAAUCUAACUUUAAGAUUUGUUGCGUUCAACUAUCAGUGAGGUGCUUAAUGCUUAAGAAAUAGCAAAUGGAUCAGGUUGAGAAUGCAUUCUCUGUGCUUGAAUUGGAUGUACCAGAUGACAGAGAGCAGACUGCCACUGCAGUUACUGCUGAUGAUAAAGGAACUGCUAAUGGAAAAGGUAAGGGUAAGAAAAAAAGUGAGAGCUCUGGAAACAUGGCUGUCUCAAAGAAUGACAAUGGGGGUCAACGAAACGAUCAGAUGGUUUUAGAAGAGUACAAAUUGCCUCUUGUGUGGAUUGAUCUGGAAAUGACUGGUUUAAAUAUCGAACAUGACAGGAUACUGGAGAUAGCUUGCAUAAUUACAAAUGGAAGUUUGACCAAAUUGGUUGAGGGUCCUGAUUUGGUUAUCCAUCAACCUAAGGCAUGCAUGGAUAGAAUGGGAGAAUGGUGUCAGACUCAUCAUGGAGAAAGUGGGUUGACAGAAAAGGUGCUUCAAAGUAAAAUUAGUGAACAGGAAGCUGAAAAGCAGGUUAUUGAAUUUGUGAAGAGGCAUGUAGGCACGUAUACACCUCUUCUUGCUGGAAAUUCAAUUUAUAUGGAUUAUCUGUUUUUGAAGAAGUAUAUGCCAGAUUUGGCUAGCCUUUUCUCCCAUGUACUCGUUGAUGUUAGCAGCGUCAAGGCUCUCUGUCUCCGUUGGUACCCUAAAGAAAACAGGAAGGCUCCUUCAAAGGAGAACAAGCAUAGGGCAAUGGAUGACAUCAAGGAAAGCAUAGCAGAACUUAAAUACUAUAAGGAGAACAUAUUUAAGUCAUCCAAGUCUAAGAAGUGACAGCAGAAGCAGCACAAGAAAGAUUACAGAUUGAAGUGAUCUGGCUUGUUGAAAGUUUGGCCUCUCGUGCUGAUAUUUAGAAUUUGUUGUACGGGCUUAAAUUAUAUAAUUUUGUGAUUUACCAUGGAACCAGUGGUCUUAUUAUCUCACAAAAUUGUGUAACAAACUCCAAAUUUGUCUAUUCUGAUUAGCGAUUUAAACUCCAAUGUUUCUGUUGAAUGAUGCGAGGUGACCUAAACCUGUGCAACCGUGCAUGAUUGACUGGAUUGUUACAUUGUACAGUUGAUUUGUGUUAUUUGGAAUUUUGGAGUCCUGUUCUUUGGCUCAAGUUCAAGAAAAUAAAUGCAAUAAAGUGGAAAGCUUUAUCCUCUUGCAUCA